GACAGUGGUUCCGAGAAGGGAAACGCUUUUCGUUGAUGUUUGGUGGUGUCAGUGUACCACUAUUUGAGUGCAACGUUCUUCCUAUCUAUCAACGAUAGCAACGCUUGUUACUUCACACCUUAAAACGUCAAAAUGGCCUACGAAAUCAUACAUAUAUCCAGUGAAGAUCUUGUGCGGGCCUAUGUCGGAAAGUACAAAGAGUUCAGGCUUCUAUCUCUGCAAGUCGCACCUGAAGCUUUUGCAUCCAGUUACUCUAGAGAAGCCGCGUUCCCAGACGAAGUAUGGUACGAACGUCUUGCAAAUCCACACGCAGCUACAUAUUUUGCGCUUGAAAAUUCUAAAAUCAUCGGUACUGUUUCAGUCCUUGGUCCAUUGAUUUAUGGUCCGGAAGACAUGACGGUCCUUGGAAACCCAUGGCAAGCGAUUGGUGAUAAAACAUCCAACAUACAAGCAAUGGGCCAUUACCGAAUGAACGGAGUGUUUACUCUACCAGAUGUUCGUGGGCAAGGAGUCGGCAAAGCACUUGUUGAAGCAGCCUUAAAAUAUGCAGGAGGUCAAGCAGCGGUACAGGGCAAAGCGUUUGUAUGCAGUAUUGUAGUAGAGUCCGAUAAUGCUGGAGCUCAGCGAUUGUAUGAAAGGUGUGGUUUUGUGGCCAUGAAAGAGGUGCCGAAUGGAGAGACGUCCGUCAUACUCAUGAAAAUACCAGGCUAGAGGUCAUGGAUUUAGCAUUCUGGUCUUCCUCCAUACAGAUACCUGCAAGGCUUAGAUGACUGCAGAAUUUCCAAGUAGCUGGUUGGCA